UCCUGAUACAGAGCACAGUGUAGAGUUGUUGUGAGCGUGACAUUUCAGUUGUUCUAGUGAAAAGCCCAGAUACAAUUUAUUUGUCAGCAGCUGGCAAAAACCCUUGAAAGCACGGAUCUGGAACCAUGGCUCUCACUAAUUUCCACUACAUCACUCGGAUGAGCAGUGGCUUUAAAGUUUACAUACUGGAAGGUCAGCCUAGCCUGAGAAGUGAGGACAGGUUCCGUCACAUGACCAGUGACAGAGUGCGAGUGGUCCCUGCUCACCCACCCAAACACAGGCACAGUUCAGAACGAGGGCGGACACUUGAAGAGAGGAGAGAAAGGGCCCUAAGUAAGAGCCUGGCCAACACUGCCAGGAGAACAUCAGGCUUCAGCAUACCUGAGAGUCCUACAUCCACCUGGAGCCCCACAGCCAGUCCUACUGACCUCAUUCCCAGCCCUGUCCUCUCCACACCAACUAUGGACGAGCCUCUUGCCCUCAUCAAGAAACGUCGUCAAGAACCAGAGAUGAUGGAAGAUAAGAACAAAAAAACCUCAGUCAGGCACAUACAGGUUCGUCCCUCAGUGAUCACUUGUGUCUCAUCAACUAAGUCAGCACAUAGGGCUGAAGACUGCUACAAACAUUCGUCUGUUAUGACACACCACAGUUAUGAUAACGUUGAGGAGCAUUUCCAGAGAAGUCUUGGAGUGAACUACCAAAAAAGCUCCUCCAAGCAGCUCUCUAUCAGUGUGUCUGUGGAUGAUCACUUUGCCAAGGCCCUUGGGGAGAAGUGGCUUCAGCUGAAAGCGUCAUCCUCCUUUUGUACCUCUUCUUCUUCACCAUCAUCAUCCUCGUCAUCUCCAUCAAGCAGUCCUACCUUUAUUCACUCACCUUGCUAUGGCCAGAGUCCCAAACGUGCUCGCAAGGAUUCCGUCAGCCCAACCACAACCACUCCCAGUCUGUGGUCAGAGAAAUGAAAUGAAAAAA